CGAUAUGUAACUUUCUGAAGAAAUUCGUUGGGUGUUAUUUCAGUCAUUGGUGCAAGAAUAAUUCACCAUGUGGUUUGCUAGUUCAGCCUCUAACGGGAGGCAUUGGCCUAAUCAGGAAGGACUCUGUGUCUUUGUUUCGCAAUAUGGCAGACAUUGAGCUGAUGACUGAGGGUUUUCCUCAAUAAUUUAUUGAUCUCUUGAAGCGUAGGUUGGAAUUAUGUGAUGAUGUUGAGCAUGAGAUUAUUAUGGAAGUACUCAAAUGUGUUACUAUUUUGAGCGAGCCACUUGAGAAAAUUUCCUCCACUGUUCUCUAUGAGGGACUUGUUAGCAAGUCGAAUAUAUCGUUGGAGGAUGUCGUUUCUCAGUCAUUGAAGAUCUUGCAAACUAUGUGUAGACCGUCAUCGUUAGUUCCCUUUCCAUAUCUUAGUGCUGAUUUUGAUUUGGGAAAGGAAGCUGAUCACCGGAAUCUGAGGAGCUUCUCUGUCAACAUGAUUUUAUCCCUUCAUGCAUUGUCUAGAAAAUCCACCUCUUGGGGAAAAGUGUUAAAUGCCAUCCAGAGCUACAUCCAAUUUCUUGUACCACAGAAAAUGCUAAAAUGUUUGCAAGCAGAAGACUCCUUGAAAGUUGGCACGACUGCCGUGGUGCAGGCUACUUCUCAAGUUGCACAGAGCUACAUCCAAUUUCUUGUACCAUAGGAGAUGCUAAAAAGUUUAGACACAAAAGAAUCAUUGAAAGUUGGC